AUGGGCUCCAUGGAGAACGGUCACUCUACUGAGCGCCGCUUCGGCACGCUCGCUGUCCACGCUGGUGCCCCUCACGACCCUGUCACCGGUGCUGUCAUUGCUCCUAUCUCCCUAUCUACCACCUUCGCCCAGACCAGUGUCGGUAGCCCCGUCGGUCUGUACGAGUACACUCGCAGCUCCAACCCUAACCGGGAUAACUUCGAGACUGCUGUGGCCGCCCUCGAGCACGCCAAGUACGCCCUUGCCUAUUCCUCUGGCUCCGCUACCACCGCGAACAUCCUGCAAUCCCUCGCCCGCGGGUCGCACGUCGUCUCGGUCUCCGACGUAUACGGUGGAACUCACCGAUACUUCACAAAGGUCGCCGACGCUCACGGCGUCACUGUGACCUUCUCCCCCACCAUUGAGCUGCACGUCGAGGAAUUGAUUCGCCCUGGCGAGACCAAGCUCGUCUGGAUCGAGACCCCUUCCAACCCCACACUCGGCCUGGUCGAUAUCAAGGCCGUUGCCGAUAUCGCCCACCGCCAUGGCAUUCUGGUCGUUGUCGAUAACACCUUCAUGAGCCCCUACGUCCAAAAUCCGCUCGAUCACGGCGCUGACAUCGUCGUCCACUCCGUCACCAAGUACAUCAAUGGUCACUCCGAUGUCUUGAUGGGUGUCGCCGCUUUCAACUCCGAGGACCUUAAGGAGCGUCUUUCUUUCCUCCAGAACGCCAUUGGUGCCGUUCCCUCGCCCUUCGACUGCUGGCUCGCUCACCGUGGUCUGAAGACCCUGCACCUGCGCGCUCGCGAGGCUAGCAAGAACGCCACCGCUGUGGCUAAGGCUCUUGAGGCUUCCCAACAUGUCAUCUCCGUCAACUACCCCGGUAUUGACUCCCACCCUCAUCGCAAGAUUGCUAUCAAGCAGCACCGCGAUGGUAUGGGCGGUGGUAUGCUCAGUUUCCGUAUCAAGGGUGGCCAGACUGCCGCGCACAACUUCUGCAAGUACACCAAGGUCUUCACCCUGGCUGAGAGUCUGGGUGGUGUUGAGUCUCUUUGUGAGGUUCCCUCUAGCAUGACCCACGCUGGUAUCCCCAAGGACCAGCGUGAGGCUGCUGGUGUCUUUGACGACCUGGUCCGCAUGAGCUGCGGUGUCGAGGACGCUGAGGAUCUGUUGGCCGAUGUCUUGCAGGCUUUGGAGAAGGCUGAUAAGGCUAACGGUAGCGCUUGA